UCGCAUAUGAAAUUGAUCAAGCAAACAUACAUCGCUGUAACGGAUAUAUUUUAUUAAACCACAGGAUUGUACUCACAAUAUGACUAAAAACAUGGCUGCCGAUUUGUAAAGUGAAAAAUUGUAUUAAAUGUUAAAUACAUUGGAUUAUUAUAUGUAAACAGAUCAAUGGAGAAACCAACACGAAUUCUUAUAUGUGGAGGCGGUAAUGGCGCCCAUUGCCUGGCUGUCACUGCCGCUACUCUGGAUAACGUAGAGGUCAAUAUACUGACGCUGUUUGCAGACGAGGCAAAGCGAUGGUCCAAAAUUUUAGGAGAAGAUAAAAUUGUUGCCGAAGUUACAUACAGUGAUGGGAAGAAGGGUGAAAUCUGUGGAAAACCACGGCUGAUUACCGAUGACCCGACAGAAGCAAUGAAAGAGGUAGACGCUGUUUUCUUCGUCGUACCAGCGUUUGCUCACCAACAGUAUUUUGAUGCCAUUUUGAAACACAUCAGACCAAACACCAUUAUAGUAGGAAUGCCAGGUCAAGCAGGGUUCGAGUUUCAGGCUUUCAAAUGCCUGAAAGCUGUUGUUUCAAAUUAUGCGAUUAUAAGUAUGGAGUCGUUACCAUGGGCUUGCAGAACAUUAGAAUUUGGAAGGAAAGUACAAAUACUUGGAUAUAAAGAUGUUCUCGGAGUUUCUUUGGUUGCUGGAAAAGGAGACUACAAACUGCCGCCGCUACAAUAUGCCCAAAAGAUACUGGGACCCAAGCCCCACCUGAAGCCAACUCAGAAUUACUUAGCUGUAAACCUAAUGGCCAAAUCAAUUGUCCAUCCUCCCGUCCUUUAUGGCAAAUGGAGAAAUUGGGAUGGCAACCCUCUUCCAGAAGCUCCGCUCUUCUAUCAGGGCGUCGAUGACGACCAAGAGUACUUUCUCACCAAAGUCAGCGACGAGGUCCUUGCCACUGCAGCAGAAAUUCAUAAACAAAAGAAUUACCUUGAUAUGUCAGAGGUCAUUCAUAUUUAUGAGUGGUACAAAGAAUAUUAUAAGGACCAAAUUUCGGAUAACAGUUCUCUGAAAGCCUGUAUGAAAUCAAAUGGCGCUUACGAUGGUCUGGUCCACCCCAUGAAAAAGGUUGAAGGAGGCUUUGUGCCUGAUUUCAAAUACAGAUACUUAGCUGAAGAUAUUCCCUUUGGUCUGGUAGUUAUCAAAGGCAUUGCGGAAUGUGUAGGCGUUAAAACACCAACAAUUGAUACCGUCAUUGCAUGGGGUCAAGAAAAGCUUGGCAAGGAAUAUAUAGACGGAUCAGCGUUGACAGGAAAAGACGUGGCUACAACAAGAGCACCACAAGCUUACGAAUUCAAAACAUUAGAAGACCUUUGUGGACUUAUAGAGGACGCUUCAAAGUAGUGUAUUGUAUAAACGCUAUUAAAUUAAAUAUUUAAUCAUUAGUUGACAGAAUACUCCCAUUGUGAGUAUGAUAAGUAUGUAGCAUGUGAGAAGUCAAUAUUCUCUCAUCAGAUAUUUGGCCAUGCAAUAUUCAUAGACAAUUUUUCCUACGGAACCCUAUUCAGGCCACGGUAUGUUGUCCUAAGCGACAUGAAAAGGUGCUGAUAUAUGUCCGGGGGUAAUAGGGACUCGAACAAAGUCAAAAACCUACCAGACGUAGCCUAUAUUGUAACUUAGACUUUAUCUGCCUUUGCGAAUAUCAUAGUAGCUAACUCUUAUUGAAGAAUCUCCUCAUUAGAGAAUCUCAGUAAAUUGAAGCAUCUGUUUAUAACAUGAUAUAAAAGAAUACAUUCACAGAGUAUUGUUAAUAAGUUGUAGUGUAACCACUAGCUGUAGUGUUUGUAGGCACGAUUUACAGAUUGUGUUUUUAUUGUGAGUUACAUAUUUAUUCUCCAUGACCGUUUCUCAGUGUAUAUCUUAAAAAAUAAAUGCGUUAGAAAAAUUA